AUGGUUCGCAAAUUCAUCGAGCGCACGUUGCGCGGGACGAAUCUCGAGAUCUUCAAGUUCGGCCUCUACCUCUCCUUCCCCAUCGGCUACAUGUACUACUUCGGGACGAACCUGGAGAACCGGUUUUCGGUGCCGGGCUUUUGGCCCUCGGCCGAGCAGUCGCACAAGAUUCCCUACGACAAGGACGAGAUCCGCGCCGAGAUCGAGCGCCACCAGCGUGCCAUGCGCGACCAACGCGACCGACAGCGCCAGGAGGCUCUGGAACAGGCCAAGCUGGCUUUUGCUGGCGGACAGCAGCAGCAGCAGCAGCAGCAGAAGCUGGGGACAGGGAGCGAUGACGAGCAGAAAGAGACGGUCUGA